ACGGGAACACUACCAUCAACACUAUCACUUCCACUACCAACAACAACCCCACGGGCGAUCCCGACUCCCAGGACAGCCAAGUCGCGCAACAGGACGAAGGCAACGAUCACGCCGAACCAGAUCCCGUCGUGGAGCCCCCGUCGGACCCCAGUAUGCCCCAACAAGCCGACGCCGAUGGCGCCGGCCCGUUGACUCCGUCCAGGCCCGAGUCUUCCUCGUCACUGCCCGCACAGUCGGCGUCGUUGGGUUCGGACAAUACUCGCCGCACACGCAUCCGUCGCAUACUGGAACAUCGCCGGUUGUUGUUGCAGCGUCUGCGCCAGAGUCGCGCCGCCGCGAACAAGCGACUGGAACAAUCGCGGACGGAUCAUCCGGAAUCGAAGGAUGUCUCGGACGAACAGGAAUUGGCAGACUUUCGCGAUAUGGUGCGAGAAGCGACGGCGCUAGCCCGCAAAGUCUCCAAAAUGGACGCUGACGGAUCGACGGGAGAAAAACGCACCUCCGUGUCCCUCCGCAAAGGGUCCAGUGUGGGAAAACGCAUGAACGCUGCCCUUUCUUCGCUCGUACCGGGAGCGGCGACGGCCGCUGCUGCCGCGUCCGCUGCCUUACCGCAGUCCUCCCACGUUACCUCCUCGCCCAACCGAACAUCCUCUUCGGCCGCUCCAGGUCGAACCCUUCCCACACAGGCGUCCUCUACCGCGACAGCACAACCCUCGUCCGCGUCCGGUCCCGGGAGUCGUCCGCCUAUAUCAAAACCUCCCAAAACGGCUGCCGGCCGAACCAUGCUGCCAUCCGGGACGCAGCCACAGCACACCGGCAUAAGUGGUCCGACUCUACCCCCGAAUCGACUCGCACAACAACAACAACAACAACAACAACAUCCGUCGCCCCCUGUACCGUCGGUUGUUUGUCCCGAAGCGGAACUAUUGCGAAAAAGACGCAACGAAAUUCGCCACAAACUCAUUCACUUGGCCAACACUCGUCGAGAUAAAGUCGCCAAUGUGUCCAGCAGCGUCACCGGCGGUACAUCAACUAAAGCAUCAUCAUUGCCUUCCUUGUCGCACUCGGAACGCAUUGCUGCCGUCCAAGGCCCCGGACGGCCGGUUAAGCUGCCCCGGCGGAGGCAGACACACUGGGACUAUUUGCUCGAGGAGAUGCGAUGGUUGGCCACAGACUUUCGGGAAGAGCGCAAAUGGAAAACGGCGACCGCCCGUCUAGUAGGCGACGCCGUCGCAACGCGUGACGAUCCCGUCCAGGGAAAAAUGCCGCUUGUACAGAUUUCUCCUUUGACGGCCGCCGGACCCGGUCUUGGUACUUCGACUGGAAUUUCGAUAGAUGCGAUCGAUCAGGCGACUUCAUCCAGAGGUAACGGCGCGAGUGAGAAACGCACACGCUUUUUGGAAAUGAUAUCGGCCGAGGAAGAGACGUCGGCCCGACAAGUGGCAUCUAUUGUUUCUAAUAUGGUAGCCGAACUCUGCACCGCAACGGUGGAGUUUGCUGGGAACACGGGUGUCAACGCGCUUGCCAAAGCUCUCCGUCGACACCAAAUCACCAGGAGCCGUCUGGAAGGCAGAGCCACCGUCGAGACCGUCCAAGCCAUGCAAAUGAACCAAGGUGGGUCUGAUAGCGAGACGGCACUUGUCCUUGACGGCACGACGAACACAGGUGUCGAGACGGAUGUCAAUCAGCUAGCCGUGGAAUCGAAAGCGGAAGAGUUUCAGCGAAUGUCUAAAGCAGUGGACGAGCUACUGAAUAAUGUGCGACAACUUCCGGAAACCAAAGCAAAGGCCUCCUCGACAAAACUUAAGGGAUUGGAUCUGGAAUUGACCGUUGCACAGGGGAAAAUGGGGGACGACAUUGAGGCGAAAUGGAAGCUGGAUGCGGGGUCAGUGUUGCGGGGUCCCUUGGCUUCCGGAAAAACUAUAACUACUUGCUCGCUGCUUUGGAGGCAUCGGCGAAGUGGACCACAGUUGGUUGUGUGUUCGUCGGCAAAAUUGAUUCGGUGGCUGCACGAACUCGGAAGCUUUCAAGGUAU